GGGCGGGUGAGCGGGCGGCAGAGCCGCACCGACAGCGAGGCCCGUCUUCCUCCUGAGAGCCGUUCCCUGCCCUCGGUCAUCCUCCUGCAAGAGUUGCCCAGCUACCAGUCCAUCCUGCGGCGCAGGGCGUCGGUGAAGGGGGCGCACGACUGGCAGCAGGGCAGCAGUGGCUACACCGGGGAGCACGGCCGGCCCGCGGGGGCGCAGAGCGGGGCCGCUGCGGGCUCGCUGCGAGAGCACCCGUUGAGCAUCCCGCAGAAACGGAAACUCAGAGACAUUCAGCAGGCUAAUAUAAAAUAUUUGUCUGGAUGGAAUCAAUGGAAACAGACCAGCAGGAAAUCCUGGAAGAAGUUCCUAGAGGAAAUCAAGGAGGCGGUAUCCUACUUGGAGCUUUGGAGACACGACAUCCACAGCAUAGAGGGAAAAUUUGGCACUGGCGUCCAGGCUUACUUCUCCUUCCUGCGCUUCCUAGUCAUGUUGAAUUUUGUAAUCUUUGUCCUAAUGUUCAGUUUUAUUACACUUCCUACCAUCAUUUCUAAAUAUGGAGUUUUCAACAGUAGCUAUGUUAAGGUUCCUCCAAGAAACAUAGAACCUCAAUGCACAAUUUAUAAUCCUGAUGGCCCUAAGGGACUUGUUUACUUCUAUUCUUACAUAAUAGAUCUGCUCAGUGGUACUGGUUUCCUAGAAUUGACGAGUCUGUUCUAUGGAUAUUAUGCAAUUGAUAGUAUAAAGAUUGUUGUCAUUAAGUACAAUGUACCUCUUGCAUACUUGUUGACUACAUUUGCUUAUCUUGCUUUAAGUCUCAUCUGGAUAGUGAAAAGGUCUGUGGAAGGAUUUAAACAAAACUUGGUGCGUGAUGAAGAUCAGUUUCAGAGUUACUGUAACAAAAUCUUUGCAGGCUGGGACUUCUGCAUUACAGAUCUGAAUGCUGCCCGGCUAAAGCAUAGUAGUUUACAGUAUGAGUUAAAAACAGACUUGGAGGAAGAAAGACUAAGGCAAAAAAUAGCUGAAAGGACAACGCAAGAAAAGCUGCGCAUCUACUGUCUGAGAAUAUUUUUAAACAUCAUAGUCCUCGGGGUUUUGUUAGGAUGCUUUUACUCUAUCUAUAGCGCAACUGUCUUCUCACAAGAACUUAUUUCCAGUGACAAUGACAGCACUGCUGAAGAUAACCUCCUGGUGCAAUAUCUCCCUUCCAUAGUGAUUACCCUGGCCAACUUUAUUGCUCCUCAGAUCUUUGCAGUUAUAAUUGGACUAGAGGACUAUUCCCCAGCCUUUGAAAUCAGGCUGACAUUGAUGCGGUGUGUCUUCGUACGGCUGGCCAACAUUGGAGUGCUCCUGUUUUCCCUGGGGACACAAAUCUCAUCCUGUGCUACUGCAAAGUGCAAGGCCUGUGGAUACAAUUACGAGCUGUACCCUUGCUGGGAGUCUCGAGUUGGGCAGGAGAUGUAUAAACUGAUGAUUUUUGAUUUCCUUAUCAUUUUUGCUGUGACAGUCUUUGUUGAUUUUCCUAGAAAGUUGAUAGUUACCUACUGCUCUGCAAGGGCAUUUCAGUGGUGCGGGCUUCAGGAGUUCAGGAUCCCGGAGAAUGUGCUGGAAAUUAUUUAUGGGCAGACGAUCUGCUGGAUUGGAACCUUUUAUUCACCCCUUCUUCCUGCAAUAGCAACUCUCAAAUAUUUUAUUGUCUUCUAUAUAAAAAAGAUAAGUUUGAUGCAUACAUGUAAACCUUCAACAAGGCCUUUCAGAGCAUCUAGUUCUCACUUUUUCUUCCUGUUGGUGCUGUUGAUUGGGCUCAUGCUGGCUUUUAUCCCCUUGGGACUCAGCAUGGCUCAGAUCCCCUCCUCUAAAGCAUGUGGGCCAUUUAUUAAUUUCAAUACUUCGUGGGCUGUUAUUCCAGAUACAGUAGAUGGACUUCCAACAGGACUUCAGAAGUUCCUUUAUGGGAUAGCAUCAGAAGCCUUUGCAGUGCCUUUCUUCAUAGUUAUGUGCCUCAUGAUGUUCUAUUUCAUUGCCUUGGCUGAAGCGCAUAAACGGGUUGUUAAUCAACUCAAGGAACAACUGGUUAUGGAGUGUCGUGACAAGCAGUUCUUAAUUAGAAAGCUCACUGAAGCUCAGAAGCAUGGCUGAAAAACUUCUGAUAAGAAAUGGCUAAGAUGAACUUUGACUUCUUAAGACUUUGCAGAGCCACUAGGCACAGCAUAAACUACCAUUACUUGCAGGACCUCUAAACCAAAUAACUAACGUGGGCCCCAAUCUUGCAGAUAACUUAGUAAAGGCUUACCUUUAACAAUGCUCAUCCUACAGGUGUCAGUAAUACUUAGAGGUAAGAAAGUGCACAAGGCUUGCAGGACUGAGGAAUUAGUGUCUGUAGCAUAUUAACCCUGCACAGAAAUAUAUUGUAUAGCUGUUUAUGCUGCCAGAGUUAAAGAUUCAGUGUUUACAUUAAACCCUAUUUUUAGGGAGUUUUAGAUUGUUGAUCUGCUUUGAGCUGAAAUUCUACCCAGGAACAGUCUUAGCUCAGGAAGUGUUUGAAAUAUGUAGUUAUAAAUUAUGCUUUGGUUUAUAGGGGAGAAUAGAUAUUUGCUUGUUUUUACACUUUUCCAACCAACUGCUCUUUUUAAAACAACUACAGGAAGUAUUAAAAUCACUAUGUUGAAAUAGUGGAUUGGGAAAAAAUAAGUGCUUCACUGAUUGAGUGAUUGAAGUAGGUUGUCUAAAUAUGUUUUGUAGUUUGUAGACUUAGAGCAUUUGCUCUAGAAUAGCCACUGUGGUAAGUCUCAUCUGUUAUCCACUGGAAAUGUGGUCUCAAGCGUUUUGGACGGAAAGUACCUGUGAACAAGGAAUUCUAAGCUGGUGUUGGGAAAACUAACAAACCAAACCCCCUGCUUUAGGUCAGGCCUUUUUGGCUGAUAUAAAGGAGCACAGCAAAACAAGUCAAUGGAGUUAUGCCCAUUUAAAGGGAGCUGGGGAUCUCCUUUUUAUCUGGAGCCUGUAAUGUUUUGUUAUUCAAAUGUUUGUUCUGUGGAUGUGUUGAAUGUUACAGUGCCUUAUCCAACUCUGAGAGGUAUGUAUUUUAAGACAAAUGAAUAGCAAAGUGAAAACACAACGGUUGGAAACUUAUAUGUUAGUACCUCUUAAAUACACUACUACUUUUUUAAAUUUAAAGGAUGGAGCUCUAUAUUUUGGUGAAAGAAUCUUUUUCAAAUACGCCACUGAAUUUAUCUUUAUUUGAAGACUGCUUCCAUUGUUUGGAAUUUUCCACAAUGAAUGAUAACUAUAUACCUUCAAGUUUGUAGGAAUUAAGGUUAAAUGUAUUUUGGAAUAUAAGACGUAUUUAUGAAUCCGUUGCAUUGUUAUUCUUCAGCAUGGGAAAUAUCGUAUCUUUAUGACCACAUGCCUUAGGAAGGUUUUUUCUAUUUUUUUAAAAAAAGAAGCUAACAUACAAUAAACAACUCUGAAUCUCUUGUCAA